AUGGAUGUGCCAGCGAUGGCAAUGAAGGCAAUGAUGUUUGCCGAUGGAUGUGACGGAUGCUAUUUUCCCGUCGAAUUCCAGGGAAUAUUCCUGAUUCAGGCGUCGGGUGGCGUCGAUGGAGGGGUUGUCACCUAUUCUGAGAUCGCCAUCGAAGCCGAUGGUAUAGUCCCGUGGGGUCGGUGUCACUCUCGACGCGGCAAUCAUAUCAUAUUGAAAGACAGCACUGGCGCUGAAGAUUGUCACCGAUGUCUUCACCUCACAAUGAAGACACCAAACGUUAUUGUCUUACAUACGGAAGGGUUGGCCCGUUGUUACACCAAUGAAGACGCGGCCAGAGCUACCUGUCCUACUGAUAAGGAUGUGCUCGAAAAGAAAUUCAACGAAAUAAUGUUGUUU